GCCUGGUCCAGAGGUGUUCCUCUAUUAAGUACCAUUACACCUCCUCCUCACUCCCCCGGAAUCUCUCCAUCAACGUCACCAAGACGAUACGCCAGGACGAGUGGCACGCGCUCCAUCUGCGUCGUAUGACUGCUGGCUUUAUAGGGAUGGCGGUGGCGAUCGUGCUGUUCGGCUGGCUGGUGGGACUACUGGGAUGCCUACAACAACACGACCUGAUGCAAUACGUAGCAGGACUACUGUUCCUCAUGGGAGGUACGUGUUGUAUAAUCUCCUUGUGUACGUGUGUGGCGGGUAUCAACUUCGAGCUGUCUCGUUACCCGCGCUACCUGUACGGUCUCCCUGACGACGUGAGCCAUGGCUACGGUUGGUCGAUGUUCUGUGCGUGGGGAGGGCUUGGCCUCACGCUAUUGGCCGGUUUCCUCUGCACGCUGGCGCCCUCUGUCAGCAGUCCCACGCCAUCGCGGUCACCGCACAACAAGCCGCGACACGAGAACGGCUGUGUGUGA